AUGGGGCCCCGAAAAGCUGCCUUUCUCUUGCUUUUCUUGCUCAGCUCAGUGCAAGGAAAUGUACUGGACAGCUAUGUGAAAACAGAAGGAGCUUGGCUGCUGAACCCAAAAAAGCAAAUCUAUAAGACAAAUACUAAAGAAGAAUGUGCAGAGCGAUGUGAAGCUGAGAAUAAAUUUAUUUGCAGGGCCUUCCUCUUCACCAGUAAAGACCAACAGUGUUUGACCCUGUCUGAGAACAGCAAAACAGCAAUGCUAUUCAGAAGAGCAAAUGCAGUUCUUUAUGAAAAAAGAAUUUAUCUUCUAGAGUGCAAGGAGGGCAAUGGCGUGGAUUACCGAGGAACUGAAGCCAAAACUCAGAAGGGUGUACCCUGCCAGAAGUGGGGUGAUGAUACCCCCCACAAACCAAAUUACACACCUGAAAAAUACCCCGAAGCAGGACUGGAGGAAAACUACUGCAGAAAUCCUGAUAAUGAUAGAAAGGGACCUUGGUGUUACACAACAGAUCCUGCUACCAGAUUUGAUUACUGCAACAUCCCAGAAUGUGAAGUAGAGUGCAUGCACUGCAGUGGAGAAAACUACCAUGGAGUAGUUGCAACAACGGUGUCUGGGCUUGAAUGUCAGCGCUGGGACUCUCAACAACCUCACACACAUGGAUACCUCCCAGAAAAUUUUCCUGAGAAGGACCUGAAGAUGAAUUAUUGCCGUAAUCCCGAUGGCGAACCUCGGCCGUGGUGUUUCACUACCAGCCCAACUAAACGCUGGGAAUAUUGUGACAUUCCUCGUUGCACCACACCUCCCCCAGCUCCUGCACCAGGGCGUCAGUGCCUAUCAGGAAGAGGUGAAGACUAUCGAGGCACAAUAUCCGUUACUGAGUCUGGAAACACCUGCCAGCGCUGGAGUUCUCAGUCUCCUCACAGACACGCCCGCACUCCUGAGAACUAUCCCUGCAAAGGUCUAGAGGAAAACUACUGUAGAAAUCCUGAUGGUGAGAAGAUGCCAUGGUGUUACACCACCAAUACAACUGCCCGGUGGGAAUAUUGCAGCAUCCCCUCCUGUGGUGGGACAGAAUCAGAAGCCCCUGCUGUUGAUGUGCCUGAGCAGGCUCAAAUUACUGAGGAGUGCUAUGAAGGCAAUGGUGUGACUUACCGUGGCACAGCUUCUUUCACUCUCUCGGGGAAGAAAUGUCAAGCCUGGAGCUCGAUGUCACCGCACCGACACAACAAAACCGCUGAGCAGUUCCCAAACGCGGACCUGAAGCAGAAUUACUGCAGAAAUCCAGAUGCUGACAGCCGCCCAUGGUGCUACACCACUGACCCCAGAGUGAGAUGGGAAUAUUGUAACUUGAAGAAAUGUGACGACCACACAGCAGUGACUUUACCAAAACCUCCUCAGACCACACUGGAACCAAACUCUGAUUGCAUUAAUGGUAAUGGCAAAGACUAUCGUGGCACAGUAGCAAAGACUGGAAGAGGCAGGACUUGCCAAGAGUGGAGUUCUCAGAGACCUCACAGUCACGACUAUUUCACUCCCAUGACUCACCCAGGAGCAGGCCUGGAUAAAAAUUAUUGCAGGAAUCCUGAUGGAGAUGUGAAUGGACCCUGGUGCUACACUACAGACCCAAGAAAAGCCUGGGAGUACUGUGACAUUCCUAAGUGCCCUCCUGCUCAGUAUGAGUGUGGAAAAGCCAAGUUUAGACCAAAGCUGUGUGCCCAAAGAAUUGUUGCUGGGUGUAUUUCACAUCCACACUCCUGGCCCUGGCAAAUCAGUCUACGGACGAGUUUUGGCCUGCAUUUCUGUGGAGGAACUCUGAUAGAUCCUCAGUGGGUUCUUACUGCUGCUCACUGCUUAGAAAAGUCAUCGCGGCCAGCUGCAUACAAAGUGUACCUUGGAUUGCACAAGGAGAGAGCAUUGGAGCCAUCAGUGCAAAAACGAGACGUGGAGAAAUUGUUCAAGGGCCCACUCAGGGCAGACAUUGCUCUGCUAAAACUGAGCAGCCCAGCAGUCAUCAACAACCAUGUCAUCCCAGUUUGCUUGCCAAAAGAAGAUGCUGUGUUAGGAGGAAGGGAGGAGUGCUAUGUGACAGGCUGGGGGGAUACAAAAGGAACUGGUGGGGAUGGCUACUUGAAGGAAACUGGCUUCCCUGUGAUUGAGAACAAAAUAUGCAACCGCCCUGAAUUCCUGAAUGGCAGAGUCCAGAAACACGAGCUGUGUGCUGGGAAUAUUCAUGGGGGCACAGACAGCUGCCAGGGAGACAGUGGAGGACCUCUGGUCUGCAAGGACCAAGAUAAAUUUGUCCAACAUGGAGUCACCUCUUGGGGUCUUGGCUGUGCCCAACCCAUGAAACCUGGCGUUUAUGUUAGAGUUUCCAACUAUAUUCCUUGGAUUAAGAGCAUAAUGGAAAACUACUGAUGGUGGCUACAAAGUGCCCUCUCCUGGAAAGCAGCACACACAUGAGACAGAUUCCAGCUGCAUUGCUAAACCUACAACCAAUCACACCACAGUAAAAUAAAUAUGAUUGUGCCUUUUAAACUGUUAUACAUUGACAGUGCUUUUCAAGAACCCA